AUGGUACAACAUCAGCAAAGAGUACUAUCAUCGUCAUCAUCGUCGUCGCUGCAUCUUCCAGUUUUAUAUAAUCCAUUACUCAACUGCAUAUUCAAUAAUCCUAAUCACACUAAAUCGCCUUUUAAAAAUGUUAUUGAGGAAUUGAAGUUGAAGCAUAAUCAAUAUACGAUAGUUGUACCGUCUGCACACAUAUUAAACGAGUUUCACGAUCCGGCAACUGACAAUUCAACAUCCAAGACUUUAUUGAGGGAUCUAUGCUAUAACAAUGAAGAGUUUAUCAAGGCCCAUCUUAUCAAAACGGGCACUCCAGUAUCUUCAACAAUAACUCCAAUAUCAAAGGAGCAACUGGUGAUUUACAAUACAAUGAACAAUAAACAAGUCUUGAUCAAAAAUAGAAUGAUAUACACUGGUAAGGGGUUCAAACGAAGCUUGAAGCUCAAGAUUGCGUCGAUUCUGUAUUUUAAAUCAUUUUGCGACUAUUUCCCUAAAGGGUGCCAGUUUAUGAUUAUAUAUAUUGAGAGUUCGUUGAUUGGUGGAUUACCUCCGCCGCCUCCUAUAAGGCGAAUAUCUCCACCAUUACCUGAGUCUAAUGGAUCCAUCAGAUCAAAUACUUCCUCGAGCCAUGAUCUAGACUCAAUUACUUUUGAGAAAUUACUAAGAGGAUUCCCCUUAUUGUCAAAAGCCGUGAGCGAUAAAUUUUAUCAACUUUUCCAUCAUAAUAAUUACCAGUUCCACCAGUUACGUAUGCAUUCCAGAAAAAAGCUCAAGAAUAUUAAAAUCGAGUUUCAAAAGAUUCUAGAUGAAGCCUUCAAUAUCAUUCUGGAUAGCGUUAAGGAGGAAAACCCUAAUAGUGAGCAAACAUAUAAUCUAAUCAACCAUAUAGUCAGCAUGUACCCGGGAAUCGACUUGAAUAAACUCGUCCACGAGUAUGUCGAGUUGAAUCUUUACGAUGUGCUAUGGUCGCAAUUGAUUUUCCAAUACAACUAUCCAAAUGAUGAUAAGGAAUCUUAUGAUCCAGAAGCAAUCAAAAAUUUGACUGCUUCUGAUUAUGAUAAAUUGUCGUGUUUGUCAUUGAAUCAAUUAGACGUGCCAGUAAGUGAACCGUGGCAUAUGAACGAGUUACAUGAGCGAAUCUACCUCGCGGUACAAGAGUUUAAAAAACUAUCCGAUUCAUCAGUUCUAAAUCUGACAUCAAAAACAGCUGUUGUAUACAAGACUAUUGAGAUUUUGUCUCAAUCGACUAAAUCAAGCAAAUUGAUAAUCGAUGCUGAUACGUUGAUGGCAUUACUUAUAAUGACUGUUGCUCACUCAAGAGUAGACAAUUUAGAAGCGCACAUUUACUAUAUCAAAAAUUUUAGCUCAUCUGAUAGGGCAAAUGACGGCCAGUUCAACUAUAUAAUGAGCAAUUUAGAUGCUGUACUAUGUCACUUGUCGGAUAGGAAGACUGUAAAUGGGUUUGUUCAGCUUGCACAAAGCUCACAAUUAAACUAUGAUUUGUGGAGUACAAUCUUUGAUGAAGAUGUAGAUAAAUCAAGGAAAAUCAUUGAGCUGGUCCAAGAAAAGUAUACCGAUAAGGAACUUCCCGAGAGUCAUUAUUUACGAAGCAAGAAUAUCAGCUGUGAGAGUGCAUUGAAUUUUGCCAUCAAAGCGAAAAAUUUCAAAGUAUACGACUUGUUAAUGAAUUCGGAUCCGCAGUGGUUUUCUAUUGAUGAUAUUUUGUUUGAUAUGAAUGUGAUGAAUAACCAAAACUUGUUGAUGUAUGGCCUAAUUGAAGAAACCGAUGAACGUAUUGUAGAUGAUUUAAUAAAUAUCAUCACCAAUAAUGCAACUGUAGCUGAACAAAUAGCAUAUUACAAUAUGAGAGAUAAAUAUGGUCGAGCAGUUGGUCAUUAUCUCUUUCAUAAUCACAAAUUAAUUUCAAAGAUUGGACAUUUGAUCGAUUGGGAGCUCAAGGAUAAUAACUCGCACACUCCGUUGUUUAGUCUUUGUCGAUGUUAUGAUCAUCCAAACUAUACUGAAAUUGUGAAGACCGGGUUUGAUGUUGUUUACGCAAAGUAUGGAAAAAAAGGAAUAGAUUUUGACAAACAUGUGGAUAAGUCUGGUAACUCCUUGUUGCAUGUCAUUUUGAAAGGUAUACCAGAAACUCGAAUCCUUUCAAAUACUGAGAAUUUGAUCAAUAUCAAUAUCCUCAAUUUGAAAAACUUGACACCGUUGAUGCUCUAUGUCAAAUAUAAUAGACUUGAAAAUCUUCAAAAUAUUUUAUUGGAUGAUAGGCUCGAGUUCAUGUAUGAGGAAAAUAAAACUUGUUACAACGUGUUUGAUUAUCUUAGCUUCCUGAUGGCAAAGUCAUUGAAUAGUGAAAAAUUGAAGAGUAUUGAAAAUCUUUUGGUAGAUUACUAUUUGACAAAUUAUUUCCCGUCUCCCAAUGCUACUGGUAGUGGUAGUGGUAGUGGUAGUGGUACCGGUAAUGCUGCUGAUGGUGCACUACUCUUUGCACAAAAUGGAAAGUACGACUCAAAUAGCAGAGAUUGGCUAAUACAAUUCAAAAACAGUAAAGGAAAUGUGGGAGUCAAAUCUGUCACUUUGUUAAAACAGUUGAUGUACUUGAACAAGUUAAAGAGGCCAUUUUCAACGUUUCUCGAGAAUGACAUAUUUUGGAGAAACUAUUCUACAAACUACUCUACUUCACCAAUGUUCCACAAAUUUAGGGUGAAUAAGUUAAUCAACCGGUUCAACAUUAUGUUGCAGAGUAUAGUUUUCCAAGAGAAUAUUGAUGGAAAAUCCUUUUUCAAAGCAUUUAUCAGUGGCGAUGGAAUGGAUACUCUGAUUUUAGAGCUGAAACAAAAAAUCAUGGCGCGUUUUGAAUCUGAAAAAGAGUCACUUGGUGUGGUUAAGCUCAAACGUAAUCAUAUUCAGGAGAUGGAAUUUUUUCUCAAUUUCACCCAAGAUGAAAUCAAAAAAUGGGCUCAGGUAGUUGGCAAAAUGACCAAACUAGUAUUGAUUGGAGAACAAAAACAACUUGACUUGAAAAACGUUGAAGAUGUUACACACAGUCGCUUAAAUGAAAAAGCGUUUUUCAGCAAGAAUUUCGAUAUUUCCGAGUAUACACCACAAAGUGGCAGUUUUGGGCACUUUGGUGAUUACAUGUUAUGGAUUGAACAAGUUGGGUUUGAGUUGUUGAAAAAUAUCAAUAAAAUUUCUACAGAUGUCAAUUUAUGGAAGGAAUUAUACCACAAUAUAUGCCAUGUAAACCAAGAGUUGAAGUCGAUGGAAUUAGUCACGGAUGGUUGA